UUCCAGCAUCGGCACCACCAAGAAGGGGAUCGGCCCCACGUACUCGUCCAAGGCCGCGCGCACCGGCCUCCGCAUCUGCGACCUGCUGGCAGACUUCGAUGAGUUCUCCGCCAGGUUCAAGAACCUGGCCCUCCAGCACCAAUCCAUGUUCCCCACCCUGGAGAUCGACGUCGAAGGUCAACUGAGGAGGCUCAAGGGCUUUGCUGAGCGGAUCCGGCCCAUGGUGCGAGACGGCGUCUAUUUCAUGUACGAGGCCCUCCACGGGCCCCCCAAGAAGAUCCUGGUGGAAGGCGCCAACGCGGCCCUGCUCGACAUCGACUUCGGGACCUACCCCUUCGUGACCUCCUCCAACUGCACGGUGGGCGGCGUGUGCACGGGCCUGGGCGUCCCCCCCCAGAACAUCGGCGACGUGUACGGGGUGGUGAAGGCCUACACCACGCGCGUGGGCAUCGGGGCCUUCCCCACCGAGCAGAUCAACGAAAUUGGAGAGCUGUUGCAGACCCGCGGCCACGAGUGGGGGGUGACCACGGGCAGGAAGAGGCGCUGCGGCUGGCUGGACCUGAUGAUCCUGAGAUAUGCCCACAUGGUCAACGGGUUCACCGCGCUGGCACUGACCAAGCUGGACAUCCUGGAUGUCCUGGGCGAGAUCAAAGUUGGCGUCUCCUACAAGCUCCACGGGAAGAGGAUCCCCUACUUCCCAGCCAACCAGGAGAUCCUGCAGAAGGUAGAGGUGGAGUACGAGACGCUGCCUGGCUGGAAAGCAGACACCACGGGCGCCCGCAAGUGGGAGGACCUGCCUCCGCAGGCCCAGAGCUACGUGCGGUUCGUGGAGAACCACGUGGGCGUGGCAGUGAAGUGGGUUGGUGUCGGCAAGUCCCGGGAGUCCAUGAUCCAGCUCUUCUAGACCCGGCGGACCUGAGCCGGGACAGACAGACGGAGGGCACCCUCCUCCCCAGCCCACACCAGCGCCAUAAGCAAAACUAGGAGAUCUAUUUUCUGAACUUUUAUUUUUCUAUGUAAACCUUCAGCUCAACCCACUGAGUUCUAUGAUUUUAAACAUCUGAAAGCCAGCACUGUCUACGUUUUUUAAACUGUGCUAUCUAACAAGAGCCUAGGUGCUUGACAGAGUCCUUCUGUGACACACUGGUACUCCCAUGGCACGUGUCCCGUGAUAACCAACGACCACGUGGUGUCAGUGAUAACCAAUGGUCACGUGGCACGUGCCAUGAUAAUGGUCAUGUGGUACAUGUCAGUGAUAACGGAUGGUCACGUGGCAUGUGUGCAGUGGUAACGGUCCUGUGCAUAUGUCCAAUGAUAACGGAUGGUCACAUGGUACACGUCAGUGAUAACGGAUGGUCACGUGGCACAUGUCCAGUUGGAGCCAUGUUGUAAUAAACAUACUCAGGAGCCACUGAGUGAGAAUGGU